GCGGCGUCACCGGAGGCGGAGGGGGCGGAGCCGCGCUCGCAGCUGCCACCCGGCCGCGGAGCUCCCAGACGACACCCGCCCGCGGCCGGGCACGCACGGUGCGCACACACUCUCCAAACAAUGCUCGGUGGCGCCCAGCUGAGCGGCUGGCUGCUCGGCGACCGACGGCGAGGCCGGUGGAGCGCGGCCCCGAGGAAAGUGCCCCGUGACCCUCAUCUGUCUCCCCCAAGACCACACCUAAGAGCUGGGUGCAAGAUGAACCAGUGCCCUGUUGGCCCAAGAUGCACCAGGCCAUCCGACUGAACCCCGAGAGCCUGAAAAUGUCUGCGUGCAGUGACUUUGUGGAGCACAUCUGGAAGCCUGGGUCCUGUAAGAACUGCUUCUGCUUGAGGAGCGACCACCAGCUGUUGCCCGGCCAUCCCCAGCCCCGAGCAGGCAGCCUGCCCCCUCCCCCUCGCCUGCCCCCCAGGCCUGACUACUGCCGCCUGGAAGAUGAAGGUGUGAACAGCUCUCCCUACUCUAAGCCCACCAUCGCAGUGAAGCCCACCAUGCUGAGCUCCGAUGCCUCUGAUGUGUGGACAGAGGCGAACAUGAGUGCCGACGUCUCAAAGGUCAUCUGGAGACGGCCCUCCAGCAAGCUCCCCCUUCCGAAGCAGGAAGACGUGCCAAUAGUUUACCUGAGCAGCUUCCGUGGCGUUCAGAAGCCUGCCGGGCCCUCUGCCUCCACGGAUGGCCACCCUCACUGCCCACCUGCAUAUGCCAUGGUCGGCCUGCACAGCCUGGAGGCCCGGGGGGAACAGAAUACCGCCUUCCACCCAGUGAGUUUCCCCGAUGAGAAGGCAGGGCGAGAAGAUAAACCCACGUUUCCCUACCAAGAGCUGACUUCUGCUCAGGAGAGCUUCCGCCAAAAACUGGCUACCUUUGGUGGGAUGACAUCUGGCUGUCACAAGGGCCCUGGGUCCUACCCCUCCCCACAUCCCCUGCGGGAGUCCCUGCCCUCAGAGGAUGACAGUGAUCAAAGGUGCUCACCCUCAGGGGACAGCGAAGGGGGAGAAUAUUGCUCCAUUAUGGAAUGUUGCCCCAGGAGCCCUGCUGCCAAGGACACGUCACAGGCUGAGGGCCCCCCACGGAGACAUGGUGGAGGCGACUGCUCUCCAGGGUGCUGGGAACAGGGCAUGUGUGUGGGGCCAACUAAGGAAGAGAAGCGGGUUUUGAGUUUCCCAAGAGAGUGCUAUAACCAGGGCCUGACAGAGAACCCGCCCCACCUGGGCCCCAACAAGCUGUCCCUCACCUCAGAGGCUGCCAGCUCUUCAGAUGGCCUCUCCUGUGGCAGUGCCAGCAGUGGCACCAGCAGCCCCUUCGCCCCCCAUCUCGAGAGCGACUACUGCUCCCUCAUGAAGGAACCUGUGCCGGGGAAGCAGCAGGACCCUGGCUGCCAAGUGGUGACCUCUGGCAGGUGCCCUCUGCUGACUGGGGAGCCCCAGCCCCCGGCCCAUCCCAGAGAGGCUGUGCAACCCGAACCCAUCUAUGCUGAGAGCACCAAGAGGAAGAAGGCAGUGCCAGUGCCUUCCAGGCCGCAGGCCAAGGCAGAACAGGCAGCGGCCGCUCAGGUACGGACGGCUAAUACUUGGGCUCAGAAAACAGCAUCUGGCUGGGGCCGGGACAGGGAAGGCUCAGAUAUGGCCCCCCAGGUGGCAGCCACCAUCACAGUCAUGGCAGCACACCCAGAAGAGGACCACCGGACAAUCUACCUGAGCAGCCCUGACUCGGCAGUGGGGGUGCAGUGGCCACGCCAGCCUGUGAGCCAAGACUCUGAGGCAGGUGACAAGGAGACUUCAGCCGGGCAGGGGAUGAGCGCCAGGGAAGGCCGCCGUCCCGGUACCAGCGUGAACGUUCCCAAGGGGAGGCCUGCCAUUCCUCCCAAGCUGUCCAGAGGCAGUCCUGGAGGGUCGCCGGUAUCACCAUCUGCUUCCCCACUGUCUGACCUCAAUGAGGGGAGCUCCAGUGACAGCACUGGGCCCCAGCCUUCAUCCAGGGGCCCUGCUGACCCCGCUUCCUGCCGGGCCAACGGUGUCACUGACCGCAACUCUGUUAAGUGUCCCCCACCUGCCACCACCGCCUUGGCCUUGGACCAGAGGCGACCUCGGUACCAGACGACAGGGGCCUGGAGUCGUCAGUGCCGGAUAGAGGAAGAGGAGGAGGCGGAGCAGGACUUGAGGGAAAGGGAGACGGAAAAUGGCACCGCAGACCCCUCAAACUCCUCUACCUGGCACCGUCUCUGCCCGACAGAUGGCUCCUCGGGACAGAACAGCAAAACCGGGACCGGGAUGAGCAAAUCCGCCUCUUUUGCCUUUGAGUUCCCCAAGGACAGAAGUGAGGUUGAUACCUUCUCACCUCCUCCACCGCCCCCAAAGUCACGGCACCUUUUAAAAAUGAACAAGAGCAGCUCUGAUUUGGAAAAAGUGAGCCAGGGCUCUGCAGAGAGCCUCAGCCCAUCCUUCAGGGGCGUCCACGUCAGCUUCACCACGGGCUCCACGGACAGCCUGGCCUCGGACUCCAGGACCUGCAGCGAUGGAGGCCCAUCCUCGGAGCCGAAUCACUCACCCACCAGCAGCGGGAAGAAGCUCUUUGCUCCUGUUCCAUUCCCUUCGGGCUCCACCGAGGAUGUGUCCCCCAGUGGCCCCCUGCAGCCUCCGCCUCUGCCCCAGAAGAAGUUAGUGAGCCGGGCGGCCUCGUCACCGGAUGGCUUCUUCUGGACCCAGGGCUGCCCCAAGCCGAGAACGGCAAGCCCGAAGCUGAACCUCAGCCACUCGGAAACCAACGUCUGUGCUCAUGAGGACUCCCACUUCAGCUUCUCCUCAAGCCCUGGGAACCGCCUCCAUCAUACUUUCUCCUCCUCUGAGCCUCUGGAGAAAGCUUUCAAAGGCAAUGGCCACUGGGCCCCAAUACCGGGGCUGGCCGGCAGCAAAAGCAGCAGCGGCAGCGGCAGCCCUGGCCUCCAGUGCAAAGGGGUCCCAUCGUCCUCCCAGCUGAGCAUGUCCAGCCAGGCCUCCACCAGCAGCACCCAGCUUCAGCUCCACAGCCUCCUGAGCAGCAUCAGCAGCAAGGAGGGCACGUAUGCUAAGCUGGUGGGGCUCUAUGCCCAGUCCCUGGCCCGCCUCGUGACCAAGUGUGAGGACCUCUUCAUGGGUGGCCAGAAAAAGGAGCUGCACUUCAAUGAGAAUAACUGGUCGCUCUUCAAGUUGACCUGCAACAAGCCCUGUUGUGACUCAGGGGAUGCCAUUUAUUACUGUGCCACCUGCUCCGAGGACCCUGGCAGCACCUACGCUGUGAAGAUCUGCAAAACCCCGGAGCCCAAAACGGCCUCGUACUGCAGCCCCUCUGUGCCUGUGCACUUCAACAUCCAGCAGGACUGCGGCCACUUCGUGGCCUCGGUGCCCUCCAGCAUGCUCACCUCUCCCGACACGCCCAAGGAACCCCUGCCUGCCCUGCCCGCUCACCCGCCUGCCCAGGAGCAGGACUGCGUGGUGGUCAUCACCCGAGAAGUGCCCCACCAGACUGCCUCGGACUUUGUGCGAGACUCAGCCACCAGCCAUCAGUCUGAGCCUGAGGUUUACGAGCGCCGCGUGUGCUUCCUGCUCCUGCAGCUCUGCAACGGGCUGGAGCACCUGAAGGAGCACAGGAUCAUUCACCGAGACCUGUGCCUGGAGAACCUGCUGCUGGCGCACUGCACCCCACAGGCCACUCCCGGCCCCGCUCCUGCCACCCCCAUGCCCUCUGCCUCUUCUGCUUCCUCCAGCACCCUUCCCACCACCACAUCCCCUUCUCCUGCUGCUACUGCUCCCCCGUGCCCCCCUGUCACGCUCCCAGCCAGUGUCACCCCCAGCCCCGCAGCGCCUCCCGCCUGUCAGGGAGUGCCCCGGCUCAUCAUCAGCAAUUUCCUGAAGGCCAAGCAGAAGCCAGGCGGCACCAGCAACCUGCAGCAGAAAAAGAGCCAGGCCCGCCUGGCCCCCGAGAUCGUGUCUGCCUCCCAGUACAGCAAGUUCGAUGAGUUCCAAACAGGCAUCCUCAUCUACGAGCUGCUCCACCAGCCCAACCCGUUUGAGGUGCGCGCCCAGCUGCGAGAGCAGGACUACCGGCAGGAAGACCUGCCCCCGCUGCCCACCCUGUCCCUCUACUCGCCCGGCCUGCAGCAGCUCGCCCAUCUGCUGCUGGAGGCUGACCCCAUCAAGCGCAUCCGCAUCAGCGAGGCCAAGCGCGUGCUGCAGUGCCUGCUGUGGGGGCCGCGGAGGGACCUGGUGGAGCAGCGCGGCACCUCGGAGGACGCGCUGUGCAGCACGUUGCAUAACUGGAUCGACAUGAAGCGGGCCCUGAUGAUGAUGAAGUUUGCCGAGAAGGCGGUGGACCGCAGGCGCGGAGUGGAGCUGGAGGACUGGCUUUGCUGCCAGUACCUGGCAUCCGCGGAACCCGGAGCCCUCUUACAGUCCCUGAAGCUUCUGCAGCUUCUAUGAGUGCAGCCCCCAGCCCUGCACUUUAACUGCCCCUUUCCGUGCCUGACCCCCAUACCCCACCUGGCCUCGGAAACACUUGCGUGUCCCUGGGAAAUGGUACAAAUGACUUAUACUGGAUGUAAUAUAUAUACAUAUAUAUAAUAUAUAAAUACGAAAGACUGGAUAUCAUUGCUCACUUGGGCCUCCAGCCCCCCUCACGGGCUCCCAGGUUUCGCCCACAAUUCUGUACGUUUCUAGCUCAGUGUCAGGUCCUGAGGAUAGAGCUGCCACAGAAUGAAGCUGGACUCUGGCCUCACUACCCCAUCAUGUGAUCUCUUCACCCUCCUGUCAAAUGCCUAUUAAAAAAAAGCAACAAAAAAAAAUCAUUUUUCUUAAUUUUUGAUUGAGUCAUGAGCAAAGCUCUUUUAUCUCCAAGCACCAAAGUACAUUAGCGUCUAAAAUUGAAU